AUGAAGUUCGAAAAUGUGCUGGCCGAAUUGGACGGCUUUGGGAGAUACCAAUUAAGAAUGAUCUUGUUGGUGGUAAUUCCUCGUAUAACUUUGCCUUUUCACUUUCUGCUGAAUAAUUUCAUUGCAGUUAUUCCCUCUCACCACUGCGACAUCAGCUCUUUGGAUGAUGGGGGUCUAUUUAGAAAUGUAUCUCUACCAGAGAGGCUUGCUAUUAGUAUCCCAGUCCAGGAGGACGGGACUCUGAGAUCCUGUGAGAUGUUUGCAGAGCCUCAGUAUCAACUGUUGUCCAACUCCUCCAAUUUUACUGACCUACCCUGGCCUACAGUGUCAUGCCAGACUGGAUGGGUGUAUGAUAAUAGCACCUUCAAGUCUACUCUGGCCACAGAGUGGGAUCUGGUCUGUGAGAAGAGAAGAGUGAACAGAGCGACAGCUACUAUCUUUUUCAUGGGGGUUAUGCUUGGAGCAGCAGUAUUUGGCUAUAUUAGUGACAGAUUUGGCAGGAAAAAAGGGCUGCUGGUGUCUUAUGUGACGACCACCAUCUUUGGACUUGCAAGCGCUUUCUCGUAUAAUUUCCCCAUGUUCGCUGUCAUGAGGUUCUUUACAGGAUUUGGAAUUUCUGGAAUAAGUAUAAUCACCAUUGUCCUUUGUAUUGAGUGGGUGGAUAUCAAGCAUCGGACUGCGGUGGGUGUUUUAAUGAGCAUGGACUGGAGUGUUUCUACAGCUCUGCUACCUAUUGUUGCCUAUUUUGUGAAUGACUGGAGGUACCUGACUGUUACAGCAACCUCCCCUCUCUUUCUGGCAAUGAUCUGUUGGCGGUGGCUCCCAGAGUCUGCUAGAUGGCUGAUAAGCAAUGGAAAGGUCAAUACUGCUCAUUUUUACCUGAGCAACUGUGCAAAAGUGAACUGCAGAGAGCAGUUCAUGGCUGACCUAAAGCCUGAGGUUUUGUCCAAAGUUAUAGUUGUAGAAAAUCAAAACAGAAAAUAUUCUUGUGUGGACCUUGUGAGGACUCCCAGAAUGAGGACACGAUCUCUACUUAUUGGCACUGUGUGGUUUGGGGUGGCCUGUACUUAUUACGGAAUAAGCUUGAAUGUCACUGGAUUUGGUGUGAACAUAUAUCUCACACAGUUCAUCUACGGUGCAAUUGAAAUUCCAGCCAAAGCAUUCGUCCUUUUGAGUCUGAAUAGAAUCGGCCGAAGAUUGAGUCAGACUGGAACACUUGUUCUGACUGGACUGUGUAUAUUCGGUAGCAUGCUUAUUCCUGAAGCUAACUGGGUGUUUCGGACAGCUGUAGCUGCUUUGGGCAAGAUGUUUGCAGAAGCAGCUUUUACCACUGUAUUUCUGUACACAACAGAGCUCUACCCAACAGUGAUGAGGCAAAACGGAUUGGGCUACUGCUCCUUCAUGGCCCGCAUAGGCGUGUCUGUAUCCCCCCUCAUCAUGCUUCUUGAGGAAAUGUGGAAGCACCUCCCGCAGCUUGUCCUGUGCUCUGUAGCUGUACUGGGGGCAACUGUAGCAAAAACAUAA